UAGAUUUAUCUCCCUUUUCAAGCAGAAAACCAUUCAUAAACCAUUUGGAUAAUAAUUAAGUAUUAUGAAAGCUUUUCCGUCGUUCUCAUUUUUAAAACACCAUCAAAUCAAUCGAUGCAUUUUACAAUUUCAAACGAAUCACGAAUUUCUAUCUGUCAGUCGCCAGCAUUUACUUUCUAAACGAUCGGUUAACACUACCUCUAGUUUUAAAAAUAAUAUAACAUGCCAACAGCCAGAUGCCGAUGUAACGAGCAGAGGAUCAAAGUCCCGAGUAUUUCCACGCCUUCAAAACGUUACUAUAGAUCGUAGCCAGGAUGUCUUCCAGAAGAACCGAAAACAAGCAGAACGUUUGGCCAGCGAAUAUAAACAUUUGCUCAACGAGUCUCUGGCUGGAGGUGGAAGCCGCUCUGUCGAGAGACACACCAAAUUUCACAGGAAACUUUUGGCCAGAGAAAGAGUUAAACAAGUCCUCGAUGACGAUUCCUCCUUCUUUGAAUUAUUGCAGAUAGCUGGGAUGGGAAUGGAAUAUGGAAGUAUACCCCAAGCUGGAAUUUUAUCAGGCAUUGGUCGUGUCCAUGGCAUUGAAUGUUUAGUGUUGGCCAACGAUGCCACAGUCAAAGGCGGCAGCAUAUUCCCUAUAAGCGUGAAGAAACAGCUGAGACUGCAGGAAAUUGCCUUGCAGAAUCGUCUCCCUUGCAUCUAUCUGGUUGAUUCUGGCGGUGCUUUUCUACCACUGCAGUCUGAAAUAUUCCCUGAUAAAGAACAAGGCGGUCGAGUCUUUUAUAAUAUUGCCAACAUGGCAUCACAGAGUAUACCUCAGAUUUCAGUUGUGCUUGGUCAUUGUACUGCGGGUGGUGCAUACAUGCCAACUAUGUCCAACGAGGUGGUCAUUGUUAAGAGAAUCGGUGCUAUUUUCCUUGGAGGUCCUCCUUUAGUGAAGGCAGCCCUUGGAGAAAUUGUCUCUGCUGAGGAGUUAGGUGGAGCAGCUCUACAUUCAAGCAUGAGUGGCUGUAGUGACCAUUAUGCAGACACUGAAGAUGAAGCAUUCAGCAUAACGAGGGACAUUGUGGCCACCCUGAACCUGGCCCCGUGUGAAAAUACCUCCGUUUCGCCACCACCUUACUAUGAUCCAUCAGAACUCUUAGGGUUGAUACCAGAAGAGAACCAACAUGCGAUGGACCCUUAUAAAAUCAUAGCCAGAAUCACUGAUGACAGCCGAUUCCAAGAAUUCAAAAAAAGAUAUGGUACUGGUCUGGUAACAGGUUUUUCACAUAUUAACAGUCAUUUAGUUGGUAUUAUAGCCAGCAAUGGUGAAUUAUCAGACACUGCUGCAACCAAAGGAUGCCAUUUUGUUCAGUUGUGCUGUGAAAGAGACAUUCCACUUGUAUUCCUGCAAAACACUUCAUCCAUGACAUCAUUAGGACAAACACCACCCUCAGGAGCAUAUAGUCUGUACAUGUCCAGCAAGAUCAAAAGCCAUGCUCAGAUGUUGGCAUCCGUGAGCUGUGCUACUGUUCCGAAAAUCACAAUUAUCACCGGGAAUGCUUUUGGCCAAGAUCACUACUUAAUGGGAGGUCGUGCUGUUGGUCCAAAUUUUGUCUUCUGCUGGCCAAAUGCCAAAGUUGGUGCUAUGGAUGCAGGAGAAAUUCUGCAAGCUAUGAAACAGGAUGUUAACAUGGAUGAAGAAACAGAGAAGAAGAUGAGAGGAAAACUGGAGAAGCAAUCUUCAGCUGUGUAUGCUUCCAGCAGACUUUGGAAUGAUGGAAUAAUUAUGCCAGAAGAUACUCGACAGGUCAUCAGUCGGUGUCUCGCGAUAACACAACGAAACAUAACUAAACAACAGAAACCGUUGCUCAGAAUGUAACCAGCUGUGAUCCAGUCAGUAUAGCCCAGAUCAUAACUUUCUAAGCUUAACAGUGAAAAAUCCAUCCUCAUGACAUAGCUAAAUAUAAAAAUGCUACUUCUCAGAAUGCUGCAGGAUAUUCAAUCAAAAUACAAAACACCAAUUUGUUAAUCUUUAUGUUACCAUGUUUCUUUCAAAAUACACCGUCUUUGUUUCGAUUAAUUCCUAAAAUAAUGAAGAAUUUACUAUUGAACCUUGGGAGGGGCAUUAUGCUGGUAAUAAUAAACACAUGCACUGGUUAGGUCCUUUUUUGUUCUUGUUAGCUAAUGGGUUAGUUACUUCACUAACAAACUUAUCAAUCAGCUGUUUUUUUUACAAGACUUCAUGCAUUGCAUGCAAUUUUCGGGAUACACCCAGAAAGAUAGGAUCCUACUGUACAUGGGAACUAGCAAGAAAUUUGAGGAGAUUGUGAAUAAAGAUGCCAGUAGAACACAACCUAGGUACCAUAAUAAGCAAUGGAAUAAAACACAAAGAAUUUAUGAUAAAUUGAACAAAAAGAACAUGCGGUACAAUGCUGACAAGUUUCAAGGGAUGAUGUUUGUAGAAGCCACACCACAUGGGGAACUAACCUGCAGAUUUAGAAAAAUCCUGAAGGAUAUUAAGUUGAACAUAAAAGUCAUAGAAAAAUUAGGGAGAUCUAUCAGGUCAGUAAUAUGCAAAACAUACCCCUUCAGAAAUACCAUGUGUGUAGAGGAGAAUUGUGUAGUGUGCAAAUAUAAACCUGGUGUCAACUUGCAAAGCCAGAAAUGUAGUUUACCAAAUAAACUGCAUGGAUGGUGAUUGUAAAAACUGGAAGAUUGCAAACAUAGGUGAAACAGCAAGAAGUUUGGCUGAAAUUAUAAAUGAACAUUGGAGGGGGUACAUGGAUCAAAGACAAGCCUUGAUACUCUACUAGUAUGCCAAAAAUCAACAUGGUGAUGUGCUGAACUGGAUUAGCAUAGAAAUCCUGUCUAGACAUCCUGACCAUGCACCGCUAUGACAGAUACAGGAGUCAAUCUUCAUAAAUGAAACAACCGGUUUUGAAUAGUAAAUACUCUCAAUAAAAAAGGCCUUACAAAGAACCACGGACGCACACACACAUAGACACAGAUAUACACACACACACACACACACACACAUGCACACUUAUGCACAUACAUGGAAACAUACAUAAAGAAAUACAUACACACACACAGACAUGCUCAUACACACAUGCCCACACAAACACACGUGUACGCAUAUGCAUGCUCAUACUUACGUACGGAUAGAUAUCAAUUUAUUCAACUUUUAUUAAAUAAAGAGAGAAACGUUAUAUGGAUGAAUGUGAGUGUUUGUGAAGAAAACCAAAACCACUAUCUUAUAUAUAUGAAAAAUGGCAUAAGUCAGUAUUUAAAACAUACAUGGAUGCACACAUAUAAACACACACAUACAGACAUACUCAUGUUGGACAAAACCCAAUGCUGAAACAUAAUUUCAGUAGAAAUGGAAGUAGAGAGACAUGUCACUGAAGAGAAUGCAAUGAGAUAAUUAUUUGAUAAAAAAAAAACAAGAAAUGGCAUGAACUAUAAUGAACAAUUGAACUAUUGAUUACCUGUUGGACUAAAGUGUUUAACAUACGAGUUAGAAAAAC